AUGUCUGCUGCUACAGCCCUUGCUACAAACCCUUUCGGGUCACCUAAGAGCUCAAAAGAAUUACCUGCUUAUUCUACUCCACUAUCCAUCAUUAACUCUGCCAUUUAUGAGAACGUUAAUAAUAUCUUUGCUUAUAAUUCUUUCUCAAAUCCUGAACUAUUACAUUCUUACAUUAAAUCAUGGUUACAAAACGCUAAUAAUACUGAUGAUAAAUUCUUCAAAGAAUUCGAUAUUAGAUCAGGUGCAGGGCUAGGUCCAUUAGGUUUCAUCAAGAGCCAACAAAAUUCUGUUAUUGCUAACCCACAUACCGUUUCCACUAUCAUUACUCCAAGUUAUGGGUUACCGUUCUUUUAUGACGCAUUAUCUUCUGCUAAAGCUAACAUCUUAUUAAAUGUAGGUGCUUUGAAUUAUAAUCAAGAAUCUGGUUCCAUAAUUAAUGACUAUUCUACUUCAUUGAAUUUUGCUUCUUCUCUAAAUUAUAACGUCUUAACUCCUAUUUCAAACAAUGAAGUUUCCAAUUUAACCUCAUUAUCUGUAGUUUUAUCUAAAUUCGGUUUGAAAACUAUGAAUUUAUUCGAUUCCAUUAAUUAUUCCAAUACUAUCAUAAAGACUCCAUCAUCAUGCUCUGCUUCUCCAAUAAAUGUUCAAGAUGUUACUUUGAAAUUAUCUAAAUUGGUGUCAACUCCAAACCCUUCAUUUAACGAAGUUUUGGAAAAAUUUAAUGAAUUAACUGGUGCCAAAUUACAUAAUUUCCAUUAUUCUGGUAAUUUCGAAAAUCCAAAAACUGUCUUUGUCACAUACGGUUCUUUAGAAUCUCAAUUAUUUAAUUCAUUCAUGGAAGAAAACUCCAAUGGUGAUGUUGGUAUCAUCUCAAUUAGAAUUCCAUUACCAUUUGAUUUAGAAAAAUUCAUUGCUUUGAUUCCAAAUUCUACCAAAAAUUUAAUCUUUAUUAAUCAAAAAGCUAAUAAUUCAAACUUAAUAAAAUCAAACAUUUCUGCUGCAUUAUUCUAUUUUAAUCGUCAUUCAAUUAAUUUCACUGAAUAUUUAUAUGAUUCUAACUUCAUUUGGUCUCCAAACGCUGUUUCAAAGAUUAUCUCAUCAUUUACAUCCACAUCUAUUGCCGCUUCCAACUCUUCUCAAGGAUUUAUCUACUACUCAAAUGACAAAUCCGAAAACAUUGAUUUAUUCUCUAAAUUAGCCAUUUCUUUAUCUGAAGAUAACAAUGAAAUCAAUUUAAGAACCAAAUUCGAUAACAUUUUAAACGCUGGUACUUUCCAAGCUCAAUUAUCCAUUAACAACAACAACAACAACCGUAACGGUAACAUUAUUUCAAACAUCGAUACAGCUGAAAUUUCAAUCGUAGAAGAUGUCUCCAUCUUAAAAAAUUUGAAUGUAUUAAAUACUUUGAAACAAAAUGGUACUUUGAUCAUCAAUACUAAGGAAAAUUUCGAAUUUGUUCAAGAUUCAAUCGAUACUUUCGUUAAAGGUUUGAAUUUAUCAUUAAAUUUAUUAAAUCAAUUAAUUGAAAAUAUUAAAUUGAUCAUUGUUAAGUAUUCAGAUGGAGAAAAUUUCUCAAUCGUUAAUCAAGCUGUUUUCUACAAAAUUCUUGGUGCACAAGAUAUCGUCUCUAAAAUUGUUAUCAAUGAUCCAGAAUUUGACAGAGAUGAUUUACCAUCAAUUUUGGAAAAAGCCUUCGCUGAAGAUCUUAUCGAAAUAGAAAACGAUUCAUUGUCUAAUUUAGUUAAACAAACAGAAUUAGAUAUUGAAAAUGAAAAGAAAGAACAAGAACAAGAACAAGAACAAGAAAAAGAAAAAACUGAACAGGAAGAAGAAGAACAACAAGAAGAAGAAAUUAUUUUACCAUCCUUUGUUAAUGAAACUUCAUUUGUACCAAAUACUUCAACAUUACCAAAGGAAACAACAACAAACAUUUCUAACUCAACUGAAAUUUCAAAAAUCUUAUCCUUCAAAGAAUCUUACGGUGUUAACCAUUUGUUAAGACCAGAUUUACCAAUCAAGAAUUUCAUCGUCAAAGUUAAAUCAAACAAACGUGUCACUCCAGAAGAUUAUGAUAGAUAUAUUUUCGAAAUUAAUUUCGAUAUCUCUAACACCCCAGAUUUGAAAUAUGACAUUGGUGAAGCAUUAGGGAUUCAUGCUGAAAACAAUUCACAAGAUGUUCAAGAAUUCUUACAAUUCUAUAACUUAUCAGGUAACGAAAUCAUCAUGGUUCCAAACAAAGAUAAUAAUAAAAUCUUAGAAGCAAGAACGUCAUUCCAAGCAUUCAAAGAAAAUUUGGACCUAUUUGGUAAACCACCAAAGAGAUUCUACGAAUCAUUAAUCGAUUACGCUGAAGAUGAAGAAGACAAGACUAAAUUACAAGAAUUAAUUUCUCCAGCUGGUGCAGUUGAUUUGAAAAGAUACCAAGAUGUAGAAUUCUACACUUACGUCGAUAUCUUAAAGUUAUAUCCAAGUUGUAAACCAUCAUUAUCUGAUUUAACAACAUUAAUUGCUCCAUUAAAGAGAAGAGAAUAUUCCAUAGCUUCAUCUCAAAGAGUUCAUCCAACUGAAAUUCAUUUAUUAAUAGUUGUGGUCGAUUGGGUUGAUAAUCAAGGUAGGAAAAGAUUCGGUCAAGCUUCUAAGUUCAUCUCAGAUUUAAAAGUGGGUCAAGAAUUGGUCGUUAGUGUUAAACCAUCCGUCAUGAAAUUACCUCCAUCCCCAUUACAACCUGUCAUUAUGAGUGGGUUAGGUACUGGUUUGGCUCCAUUCAAAGCUAUUGUCGAAGAAAAAUUAUGGCAAAAACAACAUGGUAUGGAAAUCGGUGAAGUUUACUUAUACAUGGGUUCAAGACAUAGAAGAGAAGAAUAUUUGUUUGGUGAAUUAUGGGAAGCUUAUAAAGAUGCUGGUAUUAUUACUCAUAUUGGUGCCGCUUUUUCAAGAGAUCAACCAGAAAAGAUUUAUAUCCAAGAUCGUAUUAGAGAAAAUUUGAGUGAUUUGAAAACUGCUAUGAUUGAUAAAAAUGGGUCUUUCUAUUUAUGUGGUCCAACUUGGCCUGUUCCUGAUAUCACUAAGGCAUUACAAGAUAUUAUAGAAGCUGAUGCUAAAGAAAAGGGUAUUAAGGUCGAUUUGAAUGCUGCUAUUGAAGAAUUAAAGGAAUCAUCAAGAUAUAUCUUAGAAGUCUAUUAG